GUCCAGUCACAUUGUGUCAGGAUAAAUUCGUCUUCAUUCAUGAUUACGAAGUACUGACAAAGAGUUUAAAUUUAGUGGACAUAGAUCGUUCAAAGCAUAUAAAAGGGAAGCUUUGUGAAGCGAUAAACAAUUUACAAAACUUCCAGAAGUCCUGGAAGAAACAAGAAGUUAAGUAUCUACAGAAGAAGUUCAAAAAGAAGACAGCAUGGCUUUUCCUUUCCCAUUUCCAACCUAUCAACCAUGCAAGUAAGUUUAAAAAAAUCCAUUAUUAUUUGAUAAUGCAAGAGGAAAUCAAGGAAAAAUUGACCGUUUUCAAUGUAGUCCAAAUUUCGCAAGGGCUUAGCUUUCGUGGAAGUGAUAUUAUGACGGAAUUUAAUCUUUCCAUUGUGGAGUUGUGUUCGAUUUUUCGGGUAGAAUAUUUUCGCCUGAAUUACGAUUUGAUCCACGCCUUACAGCAAAUCUUAGAUUCUCGUCUAUUUCUUAAAUUUUAUUGCAUCUACGUAAAAUGUAGAUGCAGUUCCAUAAAACUGGGAAGACGUUCACUGUAGCGAGGCGGGGGAACUAAUCUCGUCAAACACACCUUCUUAGACAAAUUUAAAUUCUCUUCUUGUGUCAUGAAAUCUUGAGGUUUUCACCAAACGAGACAUGUAUUUCAGGAGGGUAACCACGCCUCACGCUGGUUUAUAACUUCACGAAUCGCGCUCGCCUUUCUGUAAAAUUCGCGCGUCACAUAUCAACAUUCUGGCCUUAAUCACAUGUUGCCUAUGAAUCCUUUGCCACCCUCACGUGAGUAUCUUGCAUUUUCGAUGACUUAUUCCUUUCUUCAUCUUAAAGUUACAAUAGUCCGGUGCCUGGAUGGUUCGACUUUUUCCACGAGCUAUGGAAAGAGAUGGCUUUGGCGUGUGAACAAGAAGUCGGCUACUGGGUGCAGGAACAGUCUAACAAGGGAACGGUGAAGAUUGCAUCUGUGCUACUUAGGCACUUCAAACCUGAAAACAUCGCUCUUGAAAUAGAUAGCGACAAGGUGAUCCUACAUGGAAAGCACCAUUCAGAGAGAGAAGAUGGAUUCAACACAAGCGAGUUCAAGAGGGUCUUUCCACUUCCGCAAAAUGUCGAUCCAACUACUGUGACGUCACGCAUUACUCAAGAUGGCGGCGUCCUCAUCAUAGAGGGCUUAAAGCACGUGGAAGAGAAAGAGGAUGACGGAAAAUUUGAGACCAAGUUGGAUGUCGGUGGCUUUAAGCCAGAAGAGAUAAAGAUUCAGCUGCAUGGAAAAGAGUUAAUUGUCAGUGGAGAACGCAAAUUGGAAGAUGGCAGGGCCAAUCGGUCACGUGGCUGCAGUCACUGUAUUCUGCUGCCCGAUGACGUCGUCGUCAGUUCAGUAAGAUCACGCUUGUCAAAAGAAGGUCUGCUGACCAUUGAAGCAUCACGUGACCCCGCCUUAAAGCCGCACGAGAGAGCGUUUGAUGUCGUCCUGGAAACAAAUGAAUCAGGGGAUGAACCAAACCCCUUCACCAGAGAUGAACCAGAAGAGACCAAACUAGAUUAGAACGAGUUUGUAAGAAAGAGAAGACAUAGUAUAUGAAUCUUAUUGAUGAAUGUUGGUACAGUUGAUUAACUCAGGCAAGGAAAAUUUGAUGAAAAUUAUUUUUUAUCAAGGUCAUAUAUGAUGCAAAUAACAUAUCUAGUUUGAUUUUACAUAUUUGACAACUUUUGUUAGAAUCAUAUACUUCAAAGGUAAAAAACAAUAUGAAAGCAUUGUAAAUGAAGUUAGCAACAUUACAGGGUAAUUUAGUAUUAUCAACUGAGUGGCUACCAUAGAGAGUUUAGAAGCUGACAUUUACCCCUUUAUUCAGUAUUAACAGUACAGUUUAUUUUUACAAAUGUAACUUAUUUUUGGCUGUUUUAAAGUUAUUUUAGCAAAG